AUGGCAGAUAGAAAUUACACCAUGGUGACUGAGUUCAUUCUGAUGGGGCUUACGGAGCAGCCAGAUAUGAAAGUCAUUCUCUUUGUCAUUUUCCUCCUGAUGUACACAGUCACUCUGGUGGGCAACAUUGGGAUAAUCAUAGUAAUCCAUAGUGAUCUCCGACUCCACACUUCCAUGUAUUUUUUCCUUAACAGUCUGUCUGUGGUUGACAUCUGCUUCUCCUCUGUCAUUGUUCCCAGAACACUGGUGAAUUUUGUGGCUGAAAAGAGAACCAUUUCUUUUGCUGGCUGCACAGGGCAAGCAUUCUUCUACAUUGUCUUUGUGACAGCUGAAUGCUUCCUGCUGGCUGCAAUGGCCUAUGACAGAUACAUGGCCAUCUGUAACCCACUUGUCUAUACAGCUGUUGUGACUAGGAGACUGUGUAUACAGCUGGUUGCAGGGUCAUAUAUAGGUGGCAUUGUGAAUUCUGUUAUACAAAUGACUUUCAUUGUCAGGAUGCCCUUCUGUAAUUCCAAUAUCAUCAAUCACUUCUUCUGUGAUGUUCCCCCACUCCUGUCUCUGUCUUGCUCCAACACCUACAUCAAUGAGAUGAUUCUCUUUGCCUUAGCAGGAGUAAUUGAGCUCAGUACCAUCUUCACCAUCCUCAUCUCUUACAUGUUCAUCUUUCUCACGAUCCUGAGGAUGCACUCUUCUGAGGGCAGGCACAAAGCCUUCUCCACUUGUGCCUCCCACCUGACAGCUGUUACCUUGUUAUAUGGGACUACAAUCUUCAUGUACUUACGACCGAGCUCCAGCUACUCAUUGAAUACAGAUAAGGUAGUCUCUGUCUUCUACACAGUGGUGAUCCCCAUGCUGAACCCCCUGAUCUAUAGCCUGAGGAACAAGGAUGUUAAGGAGGCUCUGAGGAGAACAGCAGAAAAAAUUAUGUUUAUUCAUUAA